UUUCACUUCCACCGCGUCAAAUAUAACUCAACUCAAAAUCAAUCUCUCUCUCUCUCUUCAACCUUCUGAAUUCGAUAAAGCGUUUCAAUUUCGCGAACUACCAAAAAAAAAAAAACUAAAGAGAAAUGGGAAAAUGGAAUUAUCGUCCGUCACGUAGGUUCCGUCGUAGAUCUCCUAAUCCUCCUUCCAUUUUCUACGAUAUCAGAGCCCCUCUUCCUGAGUUCCGGCACGAUGGAAUACCAGUAUGGGAGAAGAAAUAUUGCACGUUGAGUGGAUGUGUACCAUGGCAGAAGAUUGUCGAUUCCAAAGAGUUGAUCUACUGUCACCACAAUGUACUCGAUUGGAAGGAUUCAGGUGCUGAAGAAGCAUUUCAAAAUGCCAAAAAACGUUACUGGGCAAAUGUCAACAACCUUCCCUGUGAUAUUUCUCUGCCUGAUCCAGAUGCUUAUAUUGAGCAAAUAGAUUGGAAUCCUUGUAUUGACGCUGAACUGAUUAAAGAAUUAGAUAACGCAUUCUUUACUGUCCCUGAUGAAGAAGAACAAGAGAAUGCCAUACAAUAUAAAAGAACAAAAAUUUCAGUCGAUGGUGAAAAUCCAUGGGAAUGUGCUGCAACAUCUGUUGGCAGAGGUUUAGAAAAUAAUGAAGUCCAAGGACAAAACCAGGGGGAUUAUCAUGAUAAUUCUGAAAAUGUAGGAACUACUGAUAAUCCAUGGGUGAGUAGUGCCGUUUGUGGAAAUCAAGGAUUAACUGACAAUGCUUGGGAAGGUGGUCAUGUUAAGUCCAGGGGUUGGAAUGAAGGAAGGGAUCAUAACAAUCAGUGUAGUGGUUGGAAUUCUGGAUGCUUACAGACGGAUAAAGGAUGGGGCAAAGUUAGGGAUAAUUCUUGGUGCCACCAGAAGUCAAAUAAUUUGGCUAAUAGUGGCAACUCUUGGGGCUGCAAGUCUAGUCAACAAAAUGUAAUUCCAAUGAACACAGGAUGGAGAAACAGUGGAACAAUUGUGCCAAGAUGGAAGCAACAUGAAAAUGCUUACGUUACAAGUGAUUCACAGUUUAGAAGGAAUAAUGGAGGUUGGAACUCUGGGAAUCAGAGUUACCACCAAAUGAGGGGAGGCUCUAAUAGACAUAAUCCAAGCUAUAAUGGAUCUCAGCCUCAAAGGGAUGAUAGUCAAACGGGUCAUUACUGGAGGAGGGAGCAAAGUAGAAAAAGGGAUUUUCGUGCUUAACAGUUUUCACACCAUACCGUGCCUCGUUUUUUAAUGGACAAUAGUAUUUGUUUUUUGUUUAUACCCGGUCAAUGCUGAUAUGCCAGGGUAACUGUUUAUCAGGAUUCAGAAGAUAGUUGCUGUUUGCAAGAGUAUAGGGUAUUCUAAGGAUUCUCAAUCAAGAAGUUUGAGGUACUUGCUUUAUCUAUGUGGUGUAUACUUUACUUCACAGUUUGGUCUUCGAUGACGAGAAAUUUUUUGGGUUUAUCUCUUGUAUUUUAGUUCAUACUGAACACUUCUCAGUAUCAGAGGUGACACCAACACUAAUUAAGUUGUGUUAUGCUAAAUCUAAUGUGCUUUUGUGGGUAUAACUUUGGAAAAUGAACAAGUAAGGCUUCUUUGCAACUCAGUACCUUAUUUUGUUUUGAUCUUGUAGACUAUCAAUGUUGGAUGCUCUCUUCAUAAUUAUGGGAAGGGUCAUUUAGCUAUGCUUUGCUUGUAUUCUAGUUUUGGAACUUAUGUAUAUCACUGGCCCAAAGUUGAAGGCCAAAGUUGAACAUCUGAACAACUCAAUACAAAUGAUAGUUUAAUAUCAGUUCGGUGACGACUACCAUGGAUCACUGCUAUAGGUGGUCAACAAUGAACGAUGUUUACUUAUCGUUUGAUGUUGAAGUUUCGCGUAUCUAAUAAUGUACCAUCUGCACUAAUUAAAUUUUUGUUUCUUUCCUGA